AUGUCAAACCCUCAACGCACAUAUACCAAUCCGUUCUACACCCCUCCUCCUGCUGCACCCACACCUCCAGCAGGGAGACCACCCACCUCGCCACCUCCCGCAUAUAACAAUUCCAGUCGACCAGGACAAUCUCAACCUCAACCAUCUGCCGAGCCAGUUCAGUACGGCUCCUUAUCUUCCUUGGGUAGCGGCCGAGCUGCUCCACCACCUCCUCCACCAUCAUCCUCUUCAUCAUUCAGUUAUCAACCUGAUCCACAACGACAGGGAUACAGAGCUCAAUCAGAAUAUCAAUCUUCUUCGGGGUCUGGAGGUAGGAAGUUACCGCCUGUAGGGAGGGACGGGAUGAUGCCUCCUGUACCGCCCGAACCACCAAGGAGGAAUGUACCUACUUCCCCUGCGACCGCAUCGACCACUACAGGCGCUUCUUCAUACCUGAAGCAGGCCCAAGGAUACAUACCCGAAAGAGCUCAGAAUACAUUCGGAGCAGCGGCGGAUAGAGUCAAUGAUGGUUGGAGAAGCGUUGCAACGAAUGAAAGGAAAGAUCAGGUCAUGUCGGGUCUAGGUAAAUUGGGAGCAGGAGCCGCAAAAUUGACAGCUAAAGGCGCUUAUCAAAUUGGUAAAUUCGCUUCGAAAUAG